AUGAAUUCCAACAACUGGCUUUCUUUCCCUCUUUCCCCCACUCAUCCUUCUCUGCCACAUCAGCCCCACCACUUCUCAUUAGGGUUAGUCAGUGACAACAUUGAUACCCCUUUCCAAAAUCAAGCAUAUGGGGAUUGGAAUUUGAUCGGCGGUCAGGAGCAGUCGAGCGAGGUCCCGAAAGUGGCGGAUUUUCUCGGGGUUUGCAAGUCGGACAACAACCACCAGUCGGACCUCGUGUCGUACAGCGAGAUCCAGACGGGAGGCCCCGCGGACUAUCUGUUCUCGACCGGGAGCCUGGUGACCGUGCAGCACACGCUGGCGGUGCCCACGGGCUACGAGGGCGGGUGCAAUAUGCAGCAGCUGACACUGUCGAUGGGCAGCGGAAAGGGCUCGACCAGCGAGACGAGCGCCAGCAUCACCGCCAGCGCCGACAACAGCAACACCGCCGCCAUUGUGGAGGCUGCUGCAGCUCCUAGGAGGACCUUGGACACUUUCGGACAAAGAACUUCUAUUUAUAGAGGUGGUUAUGAUAAGGAAGACAAAGCUGCUAGGGCAUAUGAUCUGGCUGCACUUAAAUACUGGGGAACUUCCACUACUACCAAUUUCCCAAUUAGCAACUACGAGAAGGAGUUAGAUGAGAUGAAACAUAUGACGAGACAAGAAUUUGUGGCCUCAAUUAGAAGGAAGAGCAGUGGCUUCUCUAGGGGAGCAUCCAUGUACCGUGGGGUAACAAGGCACCACCAGCACGGGAGGUGGCAAGCCAGAAUAGGCCGAGUAGCCGGGAACAAAGAUCUCUACUUGGGAACAUUCAGCACGGAGGAGGAGGCGGCUGAGGCGUACGACAUUGCGGCCAUAAAGUUCCGCGGCCUCAACGCGGUGACCAACUUCGACAUGAGCCGCUACGACGUGAAGGCCAUCCUGGAGAGCGCGGCACUCCCCAUUGGCGGCGGGGCCGCCAAGCGACUCAAGGAGGCCCAGCAGGCCGUCGAGUCGUCACGCAAGCGCGACCUCCACCAUGACCUCAUCUCUGCAUUUCCCUACGUGGGCCCCACCACCACGCAGGCUUACUCACUCGCCCAACAGCAGCAGCAGCAGCAGCAGCAGUUCGACCUCCCCCAGCCGCUGCUGUCCCUGCACCAGAACACGGAUUACCAGCAGCACGACUACGCGUCUUACAUUCAGGCGCAGCUCCAGCAGCAGCAGCAAACGACGACGGCGUACCAGAGUUACAACGCGGCGGCCCAGCUGUACGGAGGGUACAACAUGCUGCAGCUGCACGGGCUGAUGACUGGGGGAGGGUCCGUGGGCUCGUCCGCUGUGGUGGAACACAGCAACAACAGCAAUAGUGGGGGUUUUCUUGGAAUGGGGCAGACGGCGGGCUCGGGUGAGGAGCUGGCGCUGGUUAAAGUGGACUACGAUCAGAUGGGGUCGGGCGGGGCGUAUGCCGGGUGGUCAGGGGAGACCUUGCAGGGCUCCAAUCCGAGUUUGUUCAGCAUGUGGAAUGACUGA